CUUCGUGCGUCGCGUCUGGCAAACCGUUUAUUGAUUGACGUUUUGUUUUUUUGGGGAAUUGAGAUAUCGCGGGAUUUGGGUUUUCAUACAAACUGUUGUAAUUUUGUGUGGAAAUCUUCAGGCUAUCAGACUUUUUUGCACUGGGAAGAGUAGAAGCUCUAUACGAAGUUACAGACGUGUGCUAUCGACAAUAUAAAAAGAAUAUAUCUACCACUCCAUAUCAACACGACCUUCGAAUCACCAGCAACCAUGAAGCGCGGCGCAAUCGACUCCUUCUUCAAACCCUCAACACCAAAGAAACCCAAAUACGAGGUAUCAACAUCCACAUCAAACCAUCCAUCAUAUCCCUUCCCGAUCCCACAUCUCCCGCCCUCCAUCGCUGAACAACUUGGCUUCGCGCCCGCAGAAGAAGGCCAAACAAUCAACGACCAACGCGACCUCGACCUCAUCUACUACCAACCCUACAUCCCCUCCUCCAUCGCCCCAGACCUCUUCGACUUCCUCCGCAAAGAGCUCUUCUUCCAACGCGUGGUCUACAACAUCAAGCGCGGCGACAUCACCACCACAAUCCACACCCCGCGCUUCACCACCGUCUUCGGCGUAGACUCCACCUCCCUCUUCACCUCACCCACCCCAGACGGUGACGGCGUCGCCACACUCGUAGACGCCCAAACCAACAAACCCAUCGAGCGCACCCGCUACAAAUGCACACCCCGCCCCCUCCCCCAAUGCCUCGACACACUCCGCAAGCUCACGCAGGGCACGACCGGCGAAACCUUCAACUUCUGCCUCGUGAACUACUACGCCGACGGCAACGACAGCAUAUCGUACCACAGCGACGACGAGCGGUUCCUGGGCGCGAACCCCGCGAUCGCGUCCUUCUCCCUCGGCGCGCGGCGGGAUUUCCUCAUGAAGCAUAAGCCCGUCGUGGCGCCUACGCCCAAGGACCGGGAGGGGGAGGAGUUUAAGGUGGUGAAGUUGGGGCUCGGGAGCGGCGAUAUGGUGCUCAUGCGUGGAGCGACGCAGGCGAAUUGGCUACAUAGUGUGCCGAAGAGGAAGGGGGAGGCGGCGGGCAGGGGGAGGAUCAAUGUCACGUUUAGGAGGGCGUUGGUGAGGGAGGGGACGGAGAAUUAUUAUCGGUAUAAUGUUGGGGAUGGGGGGGUGUUUAGGUGGGAUGAAGGGGAGGGGAGGAUGGUGGAUUGGAAGGGUGGGAGGGAGUAGGAGGAGGUGGUGGAUUAUAGAGGGUUCUUUUCUAUCAUGAUGAUCAGAGGUUGAAAAUGAAUCUCACUACAUGUUGGACAGGGGAUAUGGGA